AUGAGUGUUGCAUCUAAUUCUAGAGAUGAAAAUGAAUUCAAAGAGAAUCCUAUUGAAACAAAGUUCACAUGGACAACAAAGUGUGUAGAAAAACUGAAAGAGCUCCAUGUGUUACAACAAGGAAACUGGAAAUCAAUCAGUUCGUUACUAAAUGGACCUACACCCUUAGAGUGUAUGUUUAAAUGGUAGUAACUCCAUCCAGAUUCAGCACCUUCAAGAUAGUUAUGGUCACCUGAAGAGGACUAAUAGUUGAAGGAAUUAGUGUAAAAGUUUGGAAAAAAAUGGAGCAAGAUCUGUACAGUAAUGAAUUGGAGAACAGGAAAAUAAGUUAGAGAGCGUUAUUUGAACUAGCUUUAAGGAACAAUAAACUAAGACAAGUGGACCGAAGAGGAAGACAAAUUGAUCUUAAAACUAUAUAAGAAGUUUGGAACUAAAUGGAGCUACAUUUCAAGCUUUUUGGAUGGAAGACCUGAAAAUAUGGUCAAAAAUCGAUUCUAUGCCAAUCUAAAGAGAAGAUUCUAGUGUGAUUUAGGUGAUUCAGAUGAUGAAGAUUUCGAAGAAGAAUCAUAAAACUCAUCAGAUGAAGAAAAAAGUAAUCUACAAAGAAGGAGAAGACUUUAAAAGGGAAAGAAGGAACCACCUAAAAUCAAAAAGGUUGUGAUACAAGAUGAGAUUGUCGAAAAUUUCCAAAGAAUGACAAGAUCAAAAAAUCAUAAAUCAAACGAUGAGAGUUUAAAGUAGGACAGCCCUAACGAAGAUUAAAACAAUGAAAACAAUUCAGGGUUGUAACAUGUUCAGAGUUCUCCAAGCUACAACACUCAUUUAGGAAAUUAAAUUAAUAUAAAGGAAGAAAAUUAAUUAAAAUGUGAUCACUUUAAUAAUAAUCCUUCCAUUAUUUAAUAAGCUGUUCCAUAAGUUGCCAUGAUCCCCUCCACUGUUUCUCCACUUAUCUUUAACAGCCAAUUCGUGCCAUCAUAGUAGAAUCCUCUCAUUUACCCUUAGCACAAUUUACCAAUCAUCAAUACAUAACAAUUCAAACAGACUUAAAUUGACAGAAUGCAAAUGUCAUAUUCAUUAAAUCAAAUGACAAGAUUGAACUUUGUUAAUCCUUUCUUUGAAAUGAUGUAACAAUAAUAAUUGCUGAAUUAUCAAAUUCCAAUCUAAUCCUAAUAUUCAGGAUAGAUUGACCAAAUUACAUAAUGGGCAGAAUUUUAUAAAAUUUACAAUAACUAGAUGUUGUAAAAACAUUUGUAACCAUGAGGUUAACCAGAGAAUGUAAACAAUAUAUAUGUAAUCAUAUAAACAUAUUAUGCAU